AUGGCGUCCUGGACCUGACAAGGAUUUAACAGAAAGGACCCUGGCCGACUUUCUGGAUUAUUAUUACACCCAUUAAAAGUUAACAGUAAGUUUCCUCACAAUAAUGACAUAUAUCAGGUUAAAAUUGACUCAAACUUCAUAGGACUGUUUACCAGCAAGGAUAAACGGAGCAUUCCCAAGAUAUGCAAAUAGAUAGAUAUAAUAUGGAACGUGUCCCAAUCUUUCCCUUUAAGGGAUUUACUUUUGUUCAUCUCCUCAGUGGUCCCGAUUUGCCAUCUUAAAUCAUAUUUUAAAUUAUAACUUCAAGAUAAAGCUCUGACUUUUUCAGCUAAGUUCCUACAUUAGCUGAAAGUGAAGGCGGAAGUCCAAAGCAGGGUUCAGAAAAACGAAUUGGGACGGAGCAGGAAGAAGGAGGAAGCUGUUUUCAUGAAGAAGAAUCAAGUGGCGGGAAAGACCACAGAGAGACACGUUUCUGUUGAUGUUAUGAUAUCAGUGUUAGUGGCUUUUUCGUCAUAUUAUCAUAAGAAGACAACACACAUAACUGGAGCAGGCCAGGCAUGAGCGGCGCACACCUGGACGAAUGGCAGAGGAGGUCCUUUGACAUUUCAUCUGGCAGCUGUACACCUGAACAGACGGCCGAUGCCUACCGGGCCCACAUCCUUUCCAUUCAGUAUGCAUGGGCAAGCUCCCAGCUCUCUCAGGCCGGCAUGGACAGCCUGCUCAGGACCUACUCUGAGCGCUAUGCCGCAGUGCUGGACUCAGAUGACCCCCGUAAAGGGCUUAACAACUACGCAGAGAGUGCGCUGCAUCUUGCCCGCAGUCAGAGGAACUACAGUGACAAGUGGGAGUCGUCCCUGACCAUGGAGAGUGUCCUGGAGCUGCCCAGCGUGCAGAAGAUGAUUCAGGCAGGAGAGGGGGGAGGAGGCUCCCUGGUGGCACCCGGAGAUGUAAACAUAUGUGUGGGGCAAGAGAGCAAAGGGAGCCUUUUGUCCGCUCCGUUAACCGGAGUCAGGUCAGAGGCUUCUUUAUUCAAACCCUCAGUACCAGCACAGCCUAGAAAAAUGGAAGUUAACAAUACAGCCAGUAAUCCUAAUCCUCAUUUCCUAUCAGAGAGGCCAAGAGGCUCUGAGAGCAGCUCAGGUAAUCCAAACUCAUUCCCCCGACCUCCAGCUCGACCUCACGCAGUGUUUGGCCACUCUUCUUCAGUUCCUCCGCAGGGACAUCCAGGCCCUGCAAGUAACACACAGAAUUAUCAGUCCUCUAUUUUCUCCAACCCUAACCCCACCAAACGGAAGAAUUUCUACCACACAGAGGGAGGGAACGGAAGCAGGGGACAACAUGGAGGACAACAGGGAGGGCAAUAUGGAGGACAAUAUGGAGGUCAAUUUGGGGGUCAACAUGGAGGUCAACAUGGAGGACAAUAUGGAGGACAACAUGUGGGUCAAUACGGAGGACAACGUGGAGGUUCUCAUGGAGGUCAAGCAGGUUCUGACCUGCGAGGUGGAGGCAACUUUAAAUCAGCUCGUGAGCAGUUCAUUGUGGAUCAACAGAAGAAGCAUUCCCAGCAGCCCCAGAGAGGUCAGGCUGCUGGCAUGUCAGCAGUCGUGAAGAAAUCUCUGGGUGCUAACAGACCUCGAGGUGCUUCUUCUAAAUUUGUGUCUCCUAUUCCACGACAAGAGGAGGAGGAAGGUGGGGCGAGCCGUAACUCCAACGAGGAACCUCAGAUCAUGGACGAGCGUCUGAAAAACUUUGAGCCAAAGAUCGUGGAGCUGAUCAUGAGUGAGAUCAUGGACCACGGGCCCCCUGUCGCCUGGGACGACAUAGCAGGCCUGGAGUUUGCAAAGACCACCAUAAAGGAGAUUGUAGUCUGGCCCAUGCUGCGACCUGACAUCUUCACAGGCCUCCGUGGUCCACCUAAAGGCAUCCUGCUGUUUGGACCUCCGGGGACGGGGAAAACUCUGAUAGGGAAGUGCAUAGCUUGCCAGUCUGGUGCCACCUUUUUCAGCAUCAGCGCCUCAUCGCUCACGUCCAAGUGGGUCGGAGAAGGAGAGAAGAUGGUGAGAGCCCUGUUCGCCAUCGCCCGCUGCCACCAGCCUGCUGUGAUCUUCAUCGAUGAAAUUGACUCGUUGUUGUCCCAGAGGACAGACGGGGAGCACGACUCCUCACGUAGGAUAAAGACAGAGUUCCUGGUCCAGCUUGAUGGGGCAGCCACAGCUGCAGAGGACCGCAUACUGGUGGUGGGCGCCACCAACAGGCCUCAAGAGAUAGAUGAGGCUGCACGCCGCCGCCUGGCAAAGAGGUUAUACAUCCCGCUGCCUGAAGGCGCCGCCCGCUGGCAGAUAGUGACGAACCUCAUGGCUCGAGAGAAGAACCAGCUCGGAGAGUCGGAGCUGGAGAGUGUGGUAUCAGCUACUGAAGGCUUCUCUGGAGCCGACAUGACUCAGCUGUGUAAAGAGGCGGCACUGGGACCGAUCCGCAGCAUCCAGCUCAGUGACAUCGCCACCAUCACUGCUGAUGAGGUGCGACCAAUCCUCUACGGUGACUUCCAGGAGGCCCUGAAGACGGUACGACCCAGCGUGUCAUCGAAAGACUUGGAGCUGUAUGAGGAGUGGAAUAAGACUUUUGGAUGUGGACGUUAGACUGAGCUCUUAAUAUCCUGACCCUGUCCACAGAUGUUUGUUGUUUUAUUGGAGUCCAGAGAAAUGUUAAGACACCACUGUCUCAAAGACUGUCCUGACAUCUAGACCAAAGAUCCUGGGACAGUCUCACAAAAAACUGAGUUGUGACUUUCUUUUGAUUCCAUCCUGUGUGCCCAACAAGAACUUAAAUUGAUUAGUUAACUUCUUUGCAGCCAGCCUUCAUUUUCAUAAUCCUUUGAUAUUUGGACAAAAGUAUAAAAAUACCAGUAAAGCCAAAAUAAUAGUGUGAGCGUAGUUUUUAAACUGUCUUAACUGCAGCAGUUUUUCGUUAGUUAUUUACAGUUAACGUUGUAGUGAGAGAAAUAAAAACACCUAAAUGAGAAGUAGCUGGCAGAUCUAAUAGUUUACAUGUUUGAAAAUGUUAAAGUUAAAAGUUACCCAUAGCACUGACUGUUCUGUGUAGCUGGUGUUCUUACUGUUGUUUUAGUUUACAGGUUUUGUAAGCGUAAAGCACGAGAGCAUGUUAUGAAUGUGAGCAUAUUUAGUUCUAAUUUCCUUUGAUACUCUAUCCUGGAUCAUAUACAGUCAGUCUGAACUUGUUCUUUAAGAUAUUUGCAGCUUAAAUGUUUCGUUUUUGUCCUGAUUAAAUAAAAAUGUGUGAUUCCUUA